AUGAACGUGAUACGCAAAUGCUAUCGAGAGCUCUUCGGCGCAUUCGGGCCCUCUCUUUUUGAUUCACCCUCGGUGUCGCAGGUGCCUGGUCCCGUUAUUGCGGCCUUGCAGCAGUGCCAUCAGUCUGCCGCCCAGGCUCCAGGGGGCCACACUGGCAUUGUGAGAGUCCGAGGCAAGCGAGCGGUGCGCAUACCUGGAGGGGUGAUGAAACUGGUUGCUAGUACCUGUCCAGAACAGUUCACUAGACAAAGUGCUCUGUUUGAGCGCCCUGAGUCAGGUUUACCAGCUGGGUUGCUAGUUUCACCAUGCCUUAUACAGGUUGUCCGGGGUACAGUGUACGUCCCAGUGGUUAAUGUUGGGACCACCGAGGUUCUCCUUUACCCACGGACUAGUCUGGGCGUCUUGAAUGCCGCCCAGGUUGUCAGCCUGCCUGCAGGUGUAACUGAGGAGAGGUCAACCUUGGCAACUGUCUCCUCCCAUACAGUUGCCCCCUCCGUGUCAGAUAGGUUAGAGUCACUAGAUCUGUCUGAAUUGACUGAGCAUGAGCAAGCCAGUGUAAACUCUCUAAUACGCAAGUAUCAAUCCGUCUUUUCAACCCAUGAAGGCGACUUGGGCUGCACCAACCUCCUGUCCCAUGACAUACCUCUGCUCGAUGAUGUCCCUGUCCGGCAGAGGUACCGGCGUAUCCCUCCCUCAGAGUACGAAGCAGUGAAGGUUCACAUUAAUCAGCUGCUGGAGUCCCGGGUCAUUAGGGAGAGCAGUAGUCCAUAUGCAUCACCCAUAGUAUUGGUAAGGAAAAAGGAUGGGAACCUGCGCUUGUGCCUGGAUUAUCGCCUCCUUAACAGUAAGACCAGAAAGGAUGCAUUUCCUCUGCCUCGCAUCGAGGAGAGCUUGGAUGCACUCUCUGGGGCUUGCUGGUUUUCCACCCUCGAUCUGGCCAGUGGUUACAACCAGGUCCCUAUGGCAGAACAGGACCGACCCAAAACUGCAUUCUGUACACCAUUUGGCCUUUUCGAGUUCAAUCGCAUGCCUUUUGGCUUGUGUAAUGCCCCAAGCACUUUCCAGCGUCUGAUGCAGAGGAUGUUUGGUAACGAGCAGGGUCAGUCCUUGCUACUUUAUCUGGAUGAUAUUAUUGUCUUCUCCUCCUCUGUUGAACAACAUCUGCAGAGGCUGGAAAUAGUGCUUGGUCGGCUCCAAAAGGAAGGCCUAAAAGCAAAGCUCGAAAAGUGUGCAUUCUUUCGACGGGAGGUUGGUUACUUGGGGCAUGUCAUCACAAGCCAGGGAGUCUCCACAGACCCCAAGAAAAUCGAGGCUGUGGCUAAUUGGCAGCGCCCCCGUCACAUAUCGGAACUGCGCUCCUUUUUGGGUUUCGCCAGCUACUACCGUCGCUUUGUAGAGGGUUUUGCAAAGCUGGCUGGCCCGCUGCAUAAACUAGUGGCCGAGCUGGCAGUUACCAAGUCCAAGAAGGGGCCAGGCCAAACUUUGGGUGCUGCAUGGACACCUCAGUGUGAGGCGAGCUUUGAGGCCUUGAAAUCAAAGUUGGUCUCGUCCCCAGUGCUAAUAUAUGCCGACUUUUCGCGGCCUUUCAUUUUAGAAAUUGACGCCAGCUAUAGUGGGCUUGGGGCUGUCCUCUGACAGCAGACUGACAAUGGCGUGAAACCUGUGGCCUAUGCAAGCAGAGGCCUUCGGCCCACCGAGCGCAACAUGUCGAACUAUAGUUCCAUGAAGCUGGAAUUCCUUGCACUCAAGUGGGCCAUGACGGAGAAGUUCCGGGAGUAUUUGUUGGGGCAUAAGUGCCUUGUCUAUACCGACAACAACCUGUUGAGCUAUCUCCAAUCAGCUAAAUUGGGGGCCACAGAGCAACGAUGGGCCGCUCAGUUGGCCGACUUUGACUUUGCCAUCAAGUAUCGUUCAGGUCGCAGCAACAGGAACGCUGAUGCGCUCUCACGGCAGUAUGUUUCUGGCUCCCAUUUAGUUGCUCAUGUCUUGCCUGGCACUUCAGUCCCCCUAGGCUUUCAGCAAGGGCCACACCCAGAUCCGUUGAUGUCUGCAACUCAGUCCCUUGUCUCAGCUCUUCUCCAUCCCAUCUCUACAUCUGAUCUUCAUUCCUUGCAGCAGGAUGAUCCCUUUCUAAAAGAGCUGUUUGUGUUUUGGCGACGGAAAGCGCCGCCUACCUUGGCUGAAAAGCAACAAUUGUCCAAGCCAGUCAUGGCGAUUUUGCGCCAAUGGGACCGCCUAGUGGAGAAAGAUGGGGUUCUUCUCCGCUGAGUCUUCCGCCCAACGGGGGGAGAGGAGUCUCUCCAGUUAAUCUUGCCUGCAGUUCUCAAGCAGGAGACCUUGAACCAGCUUCACCAAGAGCACGGCCACCAGGGCAUCGAGCGGACUACAGAAUUGGUCCGACAGCGCUGCUAUUGGCCAGGAAUGUCUUCAGACAUAAAGAAUUGGGUCCAAGAGUGUGAGCGCUGCCAGGUCGCUAAGGACUCGGGCCACGUGCCACAUAGUUUUAUGGGCCACCUGCUUGCCUCUCGACCCAAUGAGAUCGUGGCCAUCGAUUUCACGCUGUUGGAACCUUCCAGGAACGGGUUUGAAAAUGUCCUGGUAAUGACAGAUGUGUUUAGUAAGUUUACCGUAGCUGUCCCUACACGGGAUCAACGAGCCUCCACUGUGGCUCAGGUCUUGGUUCAUGAGUGGUUUUAUAAGUUUGGUGUUCCGGGCCGCCUUCACUCGGACCAAGGAAGGAACUUCGAGAGUUCUUUGAUUCACCAGCUCUGCUCGUUGUACGGUGUCACAAAAUCCCGUACUACCCUAUACCACCCUGCGGGUAAUGGUCAAUGCGAGCGGUUUAAUAGAACUCUUCAUAACCUCCUUCGUACCCUGCCAGUAUCACAGAAACGGGAUUGGGCCUCUUGUCUGUCCCAGGUGCUGUUUUGUUACAACACCACACCUCAUCAGGGCACUGGUGAGUCGCCCUUCUUUCUAAUGUUUGGACAGGAACCUCGGCUUCCUGUGGACUUCCUCCUGGGUCGAGUUCAGGAUCCAGUACCUGGCGAGGUGCAGGACUGGGUGGUGGAACAUCAAGCUCGACUCAGAGUUGCUUUUGAGGGUGCUCGUGAACGGUUGUUGGCUGCUGCUAACAAAAGGAAAGAGCGGCAUGAUCAGCAGGUCCGAGAUCUACCUUUCACAGUAGGCAAAUUAGUGUACCUGAGGGACCACGGUGUUAGAGGUCGUCAUAAAAUCCAAGACCUUUGGAAUUCCGUGGUCUACCAAGUUGUGAAGCCCCCCUGCAGUGAUGGAGCAGUUUACACGGUUGCCCCUGUGAACGUUCAUCGGGACAUGUUAAAGGCUGUGGUCCAGCAGGAGGUUACCAAUCCCCCACCUAAGAUGCCCUCUACGCCGUCUUUGGUGGCACGGGAUGAUGAUUCCUCUAGUGCCGGAGACUUAUGGGUCUUGGUUCCUGAAACCUUUUUCCCACAGUCUGCAGUGGUUCCAAGUACCAUGCGUCUUGACAGCCCUCCUGUCAUGAUCCCAUUGCAGACCAGGCCCAUUCUGGCAACACCUCCUGCUUUUAGAGGUUCCUCACCGCCAGCUCCUUCAUGGUCCCCAACUGAACAACCAAGUCCCAGGCAGCUGGCUCUGCGUAGAUCUGCUCGUUCCACGGCAGGCCACCAUCCGAAUGUCCAUCGUCUUCCUCGGCCCGCAGAUCACCAGGACCAUGUUGCCAAUAGACCUCCAGGCCCGGUGUCUAACUCCCAGUUGGCCAUUUUUAGACCUUGGUGUUAG